GUUGCGGUCAGCGGGAGGCCGUCAGGGCCUCGCCACUUUCUGGGCUGAACUUUGAGGAGUGCGAGUGGCUUCAGCGGUGUGGAAUUGUCCCUGAGGAGAUGGGAUAUGGAGCUCCUGUCCAUUCAAGGGCAUUGAUAGGAGCCAAGAAGACCUGGCGCGGAUUCAGGCCUGCCAGGCCUCAUGGACCCACAAAGACCUGUUGAACUGCAGUUCAGGGGAUGUCCCAGCUGACACGAUCUGAUCACACAAAGCCAUGGGGGACUGGAACCUUUUGGGAAAGCUCCUGGAGAAGGCCCAGGAACACUCCACGGUGGUGGGCAAGGUGUGGCUGACGGUGCUCUUCAUCUUCCGGAUCCUAGUGCUGAGUGCGGCCACGGAGAAGGUGUGGGGCGACGAGCACUCGGGCUUCACCUGCGACACCAAGCAGCCCGGUUGCGAGAACGUCUGCUACGACAAGACCUUCCCCAUCUCUCACGUCCGCUUCUGGGUGCUGCAGAUCAUCUUCGUGUCCACGCCCACGCUCAUCUACCUGGGCCACAUCCUGCACCUGGUGCGGAUGGAGGAGAAGCAGAAGGAGAAGGAGAAGGACCGGCAGCUGCACAAGCCGGCCGAGGUUAAGCACAGGAAGCCUCUGAUGAGGGACGACAAGGGUCACGUGCGCCUGCAGGGGGAGCUCCUGCGCACCUACGUCUUCAAUGUGAUUUUUAAGACGCUCUUUGAAGUGGGCUUCAUUGUGGCGCAGUACCUCCUGUACGGGUUCGAGCUCAAGCCCAUGUACACGUGCGGCCGAGCCCCUUGUCCCAACGUGGUCAACUGCUACAUCUCCAGGCCGACAGAGAAGACCAUCUUCAUCAUCUUCAUGCUGGGGGUGGCCAGCGUUUCUCUGCUCCUCAACCUCAUCGAGAUCUAUCACUUGGGUUUCACCAAAUGCCGCCAGGGCAUCACCUUCAGGAGGAGUCGGCAAACAGCCGAAAACAGCUCCCAGGAGCCCAGCGAGAGUGCCGCGCCCUUUGCACCCAGUUACGAUGAUUACUUUCAUGGGCAGGUCCAGCCCGCCUACCCUCCGGUUCCGAGCUACAACCUCUCGCCCGUGUCGGACGUGGCCGACUCCUCCUUCCACCCGUACCACAGCAAGGCGGCGUACAAGCAGAAUAAGGACAACCUAGCGGUGGAACGCAGCAGCAAGCCGGAGGAAUGUGACCUGAAAGGCAAGACGGCAGCAGGAUCAGCUCCCGGGUCGCCCACGCAGACCCGGCCCAGCAGGAGCUCCAAACACAGCAACAACAAGACCAGAAUAGACGACCUGCAGGUCUGAGCCGGCCUCUGCUUCUGUCAGCAGUCUUAACUUGCUGCCUGCAGAUCACAUUCAACCAAACGGUUUGACUCAUUCCAGCCCGAAUUCACGUCCCACCUCACGGACGUGGCUCUGUCUAGAGCGAGGCCGGCCUUCAGCGCACUGCGCGGCUCUGGUGACCGACUCCAGGCUUCCACACAUUCAGUAACUGGAGACGUGUCAGCAUUUACGUAGAGGGGGAAAGGGUCAAGGUCACCUUCAAGGACACUCCCCUACCGAGGUCACUGUGUCUCCUCGGCCCUCCAACCAGAGCGUCAGUAGAAACCACAUGACAUUCUUCGUUCUUGUUUAUUUCUUUCAUUUCUUGUGAAGCACUUGGUGACAACAGUGGAAAUAAAUAUGUCUUAAAUGAUUGACAGAUUUUGUGUUUAGGAGCAGCUUCAUGUCGGUGGCAGCAGGAAGUGUGUGGAAGCUCCCUGGCAGGAGCUGGAACUGCUGUCCAAGCCAUGACUCGGGCCUCAGACACAGUCCCAUACUUUCAUUUGUGAGGCCUCCAACAGCCAGAAAUACAUGUGGUCCUGACCUUCAAAGUCAAUUCUGCGUGAGGCACUUUGUCAUUUCCUUCUGUUCAGUGAGUGUGUAGAGGCAAGAGCUUCAUCUGACUGAGUUUAUUGCCCAACACACAGAAUGAACAAAUAAGAGAAGAAUCAUCCCAGAUUCCCUCGUGUUGGGUGAAACACAUUUCCUCAAACUUCAUCCGCCGGAGAAAUCAAAUCCGAAUUGAAGAAAGAUCUUGGAAGUGUUUAUAAGAGCAGCAUUACUCACUCGGCUACAUUCAUAUAUAAGAUGCAUUUCACGCCAUAAAUCACCUUAAAACACAAUAAUGUCGGCGUCGUCACGGAGGAGCUCACACAUGCGUCCGAGAUGUGGACGAGGACGUGAUGUAUGGGCGCGUGAGCUUCCAGCUCUUUGAAAUCAAAUCUUUACAGUGCACGUCUCGGCUGGCCGCACGUCUGUCGUUCAGAAUGGGAUUGACAGAGUGAGUCCAGAGUUCAGUUCU